AUGCUGCGCUUCAACAUUCUGCAGAUCUCCCUCUCGCUGAUCGGCCUCCUCACACUGAUCUCGGCAGAGCAGUCCUCCACCUCCACCACCGACGACCUCACCCACCGUGAGGCCGUCCAGGAACUGCUCGCCAGCAUCAACAAGGACUCCAUCCACAAUACCCUGCACACCCUGUCCGAGAAAUUUCGCGAUGGCGUUUUCCCUGAUGACCAAGCCGCGGCGGAGGCAAUCCGUGAAGACGACGAGAGCCUCUCGGAUCGCCUGAUGAACCUCGUCAAGAGAGAUGGCAAAAACGGCACUGCUCACUCGGAAAAUGUCUCGAGCACUCCUUCGUCGCAGGCUACUACCACGGACUCCACCACAACCACCACCACCACCACCACCACGGAGAGCUCCACCCCGACGACGUUCUCCACAACGCCCAGCUCGUCCGUCUCGUCGAGCUCUUCUGUCUCGUCGAGCACCUCCACCCCCCAGGCAUCCACCUCCACCUUCCAGAGCACGACCACUUUGCCCAACGGCAGUGUCAGCACUGUCACCGCCAUCACCGUCGUGCACCCGAGUGCAACGGACUCCGCUGCCACGGGCACCAAGCCAGCCCCCGGUCUGCAGACCGGCGCUGCAGCCUUGACAACCGGCUUGACUCGCGAGGUGAUCGCCAUGGUCGGCGGCGCUGUCGUGGUCGCCAUGGCUCUGUAA